AUGAUGUUCCUCCUCGCUGUCCUGGCCUUCUUGGCCGCCACCUCUACCUCUACACCGACAUUGCCUGUGAUCGAUCUGCGCCCAGAGUCCCCACUGGCAUCACAGAGCGUGCUGUACGGCGUCCCGCAGCUCUUCCGUGUCUCGGAGCUGCAGCCUGCCACAGUUUACGAUAUAAAAGUGUCAUACCCAUCGACACAGCCGUCGAUCUUUGCGCUGCAGGUGGAGCGAGUGCUGCUGCCGCUACCAGUUGCAAGCAAUAAUGACUUUGACGCUACAAACUUCGCGAAAAAUACGCCCAUGCCGCCUCGUAGACGAGUGUUAAACACAGCGAAACUUCGACUCCACCCGACAGAAAUGGAGACGCACGAGUCAGUACGAUACCGUCUGGAGCCAUCAGGGGGAGCGAUCGAAGUGGAAUUUUCACUCCUGGCCGAGGUUGAAGGCGUUCGACAUCCAGAUUCCACGCUAGAAAUGACGGAAUGUGUGUUCGAUAUUGUGGUGGAGGAAGUGCUGCUCGAAGCCUUCCCCAGAGACACGUUGGUCCUCAUCGCGUGGCUGGUGACUUUACUAUUUGCAAGUUGGAGAUGGGUGUUGCCGUACUUGGAGAAGAAACUUGCUCUCGGGUUUGAAGAAGACAGAGUCCGAUUAGAGGACGCUAAAGACUCGUGA